GGCAGACGAAUAAAUGCAACUUCUCGUCCACAUAGAAAGCAAACGGAUGAACAUUAUGAGACCGUCCACAAAAGAGAAGCGACUUAAUGAACCGUCUGCCAACUUCCUUCCGCCCUUAGUUACAGUAUGGUUUUGUUCGAAUACUUGAAGUAUUUGCUUGCACUAUUCAUUCAGUAGAAGACAGUAUGCAGAUUACAGAGUGAGCCGCAUUCGCAUUGAACAGAAGGAGUGAAAUCACUCUACAUCUUAACAGACUGGCUGGGGGAGGUGAAUGGACUAUUCUUGUAACAGUAGCCCUUGUAAGAACUUGCGUUAAAUAGUCAGGACGCAGCAGGCAGCAGAGUGGAAGCAAACAAACGGCCUUUGCCAGGGAGAGAGGUUGGGUGCGAAGAACAGUAAGCGCCUCAGCAUCAUAUCUUAACGCGCGUUUAGUGAUGAAAGUGAAGCAAGGCUGCGACGCGGGUGUACCGUGUACAACCGAAGAGGAUUUGUUGAAAAACACAAUAAUAACGCCGGAGGACGUUCUUGGGCUGCAGAGGAUCACAGACAAUUACCUCUGUGGUCCAGAGCAGAACAUUCACAAUAUUGACUUCACCAGGUUCAAAAUCCGAGACAUGGAGACCGGCACAGUACUUUUUGAGAUCACCAAACCCCCUACUAUAGAGAGUGUGGAGGAUAGAGAGCACUUUGACCCUAACACUGGACGCUUCGUACGUUAUCAGUUCACCCCCGCCUUCCUCCGACUACGCCAGGUUGGCGCCACGGUGGAGUUUACUGUUGGAGAUGCUCCCAUCAACAACUUCCGAAUGAUUGAGAGGCACUAUUUCCGUGGGCAGCUGCUGAAAAGCUUUGAUUUUGAGUUUGGCUUCUGCAUCCCCAGCAGUAAAAACACCUGCGAACACAUCUAUGAGUUUCCUCCUCUUUCUGAAGACAUAAUGCAUGAAAUGAUCCUCCACCCCUUUGAGACUCAGUCUGACAGCUUUUACUUCGUGGACAACAAGCUGGUAAUGCACAAUAAAGCAGAUUAUUCCUACAAUGGUGGACCGUAAGAAGACUUUCACUUCAUUUGCAGAAUGGACUGGUACAGUAACACCUACUGAAAAUGGCUUAUAGGCCUCUAAUCGUUUAUGAGAUGGUGCAUUUAGUAAAACAAAAAAUUAAAAAAAUCACCCCAAUCUCAGGAUUUUUGUGUGUGCGUGUGUAUUUGUGUGUGUGCUUGUAUGUUAAAGGGAGAAUGUUAAUCUCAGAAAGUACGAAGCGUGCAUUUCGUGCACAGAUAUUUUUCCUUCAAAAUCAUUUUACAAAUAUUUGAUAAUUGACUUAUUAAUUUUUUUUUCCUCUCUGAGUAGAUGGGCGUGCCUGCACAUGUGCAUUAAUCGCAUGCUUGACAUAAGCAAAAAUGUCUUGGUUACUGGUGUAACCUCUGUUCCCUGACGGAGGGAACAAGACAUUGUGUCGAUGUAGUGACACUAGGGUUCGCUCUUGAGAGCCCCAAUCACCUUUGCUUUAUUCAGAAAAGGACAAUGAAAAUUGGCGAGUGGAAUUUGCAUGCCGCUCUCCUCCCCAGACAUAUGGGUAUAAAAGGAGAUGGCGUGCACCACUCAUUCAGAUUUGUGCCAAGGAGCCGAGAGAGAGUCCCGGCCAUGUCAGCAGUCGGUUCAGCACCAUGGCAGGAGGGACACAACGUCUCGUUCCCUCCAUCAGGGAACAGAGGUUACACCAGUAACCAAGAUGUUCUCUGUCUGUCACUCACUCGACGGUAUGUCGAUGUAGUGACACUAGGGUUUCCUAUACGAAACGCCACAGGCACUGAACCGUUUCACGAGGUACGGAGGAGCAGACACGGGCAAGCUGCUGCGUGCCUCGAAGCGAGCGCUCGACCACGUCGUGACCUUCCAGCGUGUUAAGUAAGGCGCCUCCCUGCUCCCAUUAAGGGUGGGAGGAGGCACUUACCCGAGGCUACAGCGGAUUUUUGUAUCAAGCAAUUUCCCACCGAGACCUGAUAGAAUAGCGCUAGGGAAGUGCUCUUCCCUUUCCAGGAGGGAGAGCACUAUGGAGACCACAUCCUACCGGAGGGAGGUUAACAUGUGGCGAACACCUCACAUGGACUUACCGACCGGGAAGUUCACAUAUGGAAUGAUGCCACUGCGAGGACCCUAUCUAUGGAGAGGGUACACAGCAACAGUGGCCGUGGCAGAGCGAAGCGUUGUCAAAGGGAAACACAGGGUUCACAGAGGGGAAACCGAACAGUGGAAAUGUAUCAUACCGGAUUAUCGAGGGGGGAAUCACCACGUAUGGAGCACUGAGCCCAAGUACACGGGCUCACCUGAAAAGGGGCAUACCACGAGUACCGGGCCUGGUGGCAUUACUCCUCUGCCGAAUUCAUCACCGAACAGUGCUUAAGAAAUCAAAAAGGCAUCUAGUGUUCACCAGUUGCGGGGAACUGUUGUGGACAAGAUAGCGUGCAUUAUCACCUCGAAAGGGGAAAGGCACUAAUGCAAGCGAUACACCCAACUGACUGCCUGGCCUUACCAGUUGUUACCCUGGAACACUCGGGUCGAAACAGAUUCUAUGCGGAUGUUGUAGAACCUCGCAAAUGUAUUGAGUGUAGCCCAACCUGCUACUCUGCAUAUGUCUGUUAGAGAGGCGCCCCUCGCCAGUGCCCAGGAGGAUGCAACACCUCUGGUGGAGUGCGCCCGAACUCCCAAGGGGCACGGCAGGUCUUGUGAUUGGUAAGCCAAUCAUUCCAAUUUGCGAAGAGACGCCACUUCAGAGCAUACAGCCACCUCGUGGAGGGGGCUCUGGCCUAAGUGAUCGUGUCUAUCACCGCUGGCGGAAGGCCUGUUAGGUCUUCCGCGUCCCAUCCAGGAGCCAGACGUGGAGGUUCCAGAGGUCUGGCCGUGGGUGCCAGAGCAUGCCCUGCCCCUGAGUGAGAAGGUCCUGCCUCAGGGAAUGCGCCAGGGAGUGGCUACUGCCGGGAGCAUCAGGUCUGAGAACCAAGUCUGGUUGGGCCAGUACGGCGCAACCAUCAGAACUUGCUUCCCAUCCUCCCUGACUUUGCACAAUGUCUGUGCAACGAGGCUCACUGGGGGAAAUGCGUACUUGCGCAGCCCCCGAGGCCAGCUGUGCGCCAAGGCAUCCGUGCCAAGGGGAGCCUCGAACAGGGCCAGCAGCUCUAGGCAGUUAUAUGCCAUUGCAAGCAGGGCCCUGUCCAGAGCCCCGAUACUGCCUGCCCAUUGCACACGGCACUCAAGACCGAAUUCGAGGCAUCCAUCAUGACCACGACGUGCCUCGAGACCUGCUCUAAGGGAACCCCUGCCCAUAGAAAUACCAGAUCUGACCAAGAGCUGAAAGUAUGGCGGCACCUUGGCGUGAUAGUCACCUGGCAAUAUUGUGAGGGCACUCAUCUCGUGCUGGCCCAGGGGUGGGAGUGGGGCCCUUACGCUCACCUGGGUCAGGCCAGUCGGAGUCAGUAGCCUCAUCCCUGGGUCGCCUGUCUCGGGUGCUUUGAAGCCUGUCCGGGGUUCUUGGCGGCCAGAUGACGGGCAGGCAGUGCCACCUUCCUGUGGGAGGAUCUUCUUCUCAGAGGCCAUCCGGUGGGGAGAGAUAACGGCCACACCCAGUAGCACAAAGGCGAAAGGACAUCUUUAAAAAGACGGCAAUCAUUUGUGCGAGCUCUUUUAGAGAAAAUAUACUCUUUUGCAUAUACUCUUUUCACACCUGUGGACUCAGCCGCCGAAGUGCCCAGGGGAAGCACAACACUCGACUGUGCGAGGAUGACCGCUGAAAUAUGCCGUAAUUCCAGCAACAAUAGUGAGGUGACGGGACGAACACACAUGUGCGCUCGACUCCGAAGUCUGAAUGAGUGGUGCACGCCAUCUCCUUUUAUACUUGUAUGUCCGGGGCGGAGAGUGGCAUGCAAAUUCCACUCGCCGAUUUGCAUUGGCCUUUUCUGAAUAAAGCAAAGGUUAUUGGGGAUCUCAAGAGCUAACCCCUAGUGUCACUACAUCGACACAAUGUCGAGUGAGUGACAGACAGGGAAUCAGUGUUUUUUAUGUAUUCUUCAACACCCAAACCCAAAUUAUUCUACAAUGUGACACCUACAGUAGUUCCUCUGAAACUCUAUUUAUUUUAUGUUUUCAUGUAUAGAAAUGCAGGUUUUAAGACUUCAUAUGCAGAUUGUUCAUACAGUGUCAUCUCACAUUAGUUCAGAAUUAUUCAAAUGUGUUUUGUCCCUUAUUAUUCAUUGAUUGAUAGCUUCCUUAUAUGCUGACAAUUGAAAUAUUUAACAUGCAGUACUUGAGACUUUGCUCAUAUUAUGAUCUGAUUCUGUGUUUUGCAUUUAGAGGACACAAGGCCAUAUAGUCAUAAGGAGAUAUAGGGCCUGUAAGAUUCAGUGUGUUGGAAUCUUUAAAAGGUUCAGACUAAAGCUGUAUAAACUGUGAAUUCAGGGUCACUUCACUUUAACCUCUAUAAAGGAGGCCUCACUUUUAUCACUUUGGCUUUUGAAUGCUUAUACCUGUAGUGUAAUUCUAUAAUUAUGUGUUAUUUAUAUGAACAUACUGUUAUUUAUAUUCAUAUACAUUGUUUAUUUUUAUUAGCACCUUUUGUCAAAAAAUUGUUAGGUAGGCCUAUCUGUUCUGUGUUAAUUGUUAUAUGUGGUUCAACAAAAGAGAGACCAUAAAAAAUUCCAAAGAUCAUGUUUUGGAAAUCAUUAAA